AUGAGAAUGGAAGGGAAGUGGAGUUUGAGUAUGGCAUUGGCACCAUGGGAGGAGGAUAUAUUGAAUAUUGAUCAAAACUAUGGAUUUGUAGAGAGAGAAAACCCACCAUUAUUUCCAAUAUUUCCACCAUCCAUUAAUGGCAAUAAUAUUGAAGAAACCCAUUUCUCCAAAGCCUCAAAUUCAAAUGCAAAUGCAAAGAAAGAGGAACACAAUGCUAAGGAGAGAGAGAGGAGGAUGAAGCUCUCUCAAACCUACUUUUCCCUUCGUUCAUUGCUUCCAAAUUCUAGACGAUCAAAGAAGAGAUGGAGUUCAUCAAGGAUAAUCGACAAAGUUAUAGAGUACAUCCCCACAGUAGAAAAAGAGAUAGAGAAGCAGAAGCACAAAAAGGAGGAGCUGAUAAAAGCAAAAGAGAUGAGAAAUUACAACAAUAAUAAUGAAAGAGUAACUGCAGCUGCCACUGUUUCGACCCACCCACUGAGCAACUCAGGAGAAGUGAUAAUCCAAAUAUGCAUAAACCAAAAACCAGCUGCUGAAAAUUAUUGCAUUUUGUUUUCAAGUUUGAUUCGUAAGGCUGAAGCAGAAGGCAUCACAAUCAUUGGUGCUUCCACAGUUUCUGUUUCUGGAGAUCAUCCCACCCUCACCUGCCAUUUGCAUGUCCAGAUGAAUUGGAGUUUACAAGAAUCUGCUGACUAUGAAUCACUUUUAAGAAAAAAGGUAAUCUCUUGGUUAUAG